CAUCCCCCCGUGCCUCCCCAGAGAGAGAAAUUCCGUGAAAUAAUGGCUGAAGUGAAAAAUACCGUGAAUAUCCUCGCAGAGACGGGCGAAAGGAUUGAUUUCCCGCUGGACGACACGGACUUGCAGGAUUGCAUCGACUCAUCCCUGGAUAUUGAUGAUCUCCAGCGCGUAAUUGAGCAGGGAACGUCUUUCGGGGAGGCUGUGGAAGUUCCCGGAAAGAAACUGCCCAUCGAGGAGGAGGAGAGGAGGACCAAUAAUGGUUACAUGGAGCAUUCAAUCCUUCCUGAUGAAAUAUCCCUGUGUUUGCGUCCGGGAGCAAAGCACAAACUCAGCGGAGAGUCCUCGCAUGCAACAAUUAAACUCGAGGGCUCCGAACCGCACAUCUUGGCGCGAUAUCGAUGUAACUACGAUAGCUGCUCAAGGAGCUACAGCACCGUGGGCAACUUGAGGACGCACCUGAAGACACACAAAGGAGAUUAUCGUUUCAAGUGCACCCAGGAGGGAUGCGGGAAGGCCUUUCUCACGUCGUACAGCCUCAAGAUUCACAUUCGUGUCCACACGAAGGUUAAACCGUACGAAUGCCCGGAAGGUGGGUGCGAGAAAUCCUUCAACACACGCUACCGCCUCCGGGCGCACCUGAGACUCCACAAUGGGGAGACAGUUAACUGUACGAUGUGCCAGAAAUUCUUCACGACGCUCAGUGACCUGAAGAAGCACAUGCGGACCCACACGCAGGAGCGUCCGUACAAAUGCAUCGAGGAUGGCUGUGGGAAGGCCUUCAUUGCGUCGCAUCAUCUCAAGACGCACAUCCGCAUCCACACGGGUGAGCGUCCCUACUCGUGUCGCGAGGAUAACUGCACAAAGGCCUUCAGUACGGCGCACAGUCUCAAGUCUCACGUGAAGACGCACCAAAAGUCCAGUCAGGGCAAGAAAGGCGCCGAAAAGACCAAUGGGGAGGAAGAUGCGUGGACACAGAGGAUUGACGAUGGCCAGGAGGAGUAUGAUGCAAUAACGGAAAUUCUCAAUUCAACGGAAAAGAAUGCAACAGCAGAAUCUUCGGAGGAAUUCAACUUGGAGACAUCGAAAGCCAUUGAAAUGGCAAUUGCGAAUGAAAUUGAAAUCCCAUCGCCGUGGAUUGAUGUCUCGGAAUUGGCUGCAAAACCAAUAAUGCCAGCAGUUCCCGUCACCCCGGCGUGUAUGGCCCUUCCAACUGGGGUAACAUCCUACGUGGAUCUCCCCUUUAAUAUUGCCUCAGCUGAUACGGAAUUCAUUGCAUCGACCUUUGAGACGGAACAAAUAUCCUUUGAACAACUUUUCGGGUCACCGGAAAAGGAGAAAAAUUCCCCGGAAGAUAUGCCCGCGCUGGAAAUGAUGAAUGUAAAGGAAGCGCAAGGGAAUUUCUCACCAAUUCCAACAGAUUUGAGUAAUAAGCAACAAAUUGAAGCUGAAGCUCUUCUCAAUGAAAUCUUCUUUGAGACCCUCAAUACAAUGCCAUCGUCAGUUGAGCCGGCACAGGGGAAGGUGCUGAUGGCGCAGCAAUAUGAAAAUGUGCAGAAUACAGUGGAAUUUCCGGAAACAGUGGCAGGAAGUAGUGCUGAGGAAAUGCUUAUGGUGCAAACGGCUUCGGUACUUGGCAAUGCCACCAAUAGUAGGACUCUUCAGGACAUAACAGCAGAUGCAGAUAUUUGUCGAUGCACAAAUUGUACGUGUGAUCAUCAAACGGGUGGUGCGUGUCAGGGUGGCUGUGGUCCAAAUAAUCCCUGCCGCAGUCCGGAUGUUGUACCCCAUCAAAUAGCUGCUGCAGAUUCCAACAAUAAUGCCCCUGCUGUGGAAGCUGCAAAAACAACUUCAGGCUGUGGUGGGGCAACAGGAGCGGAAAAUGUUGGCAUGUCGUCGGCAUGUAAAUGCGCAUCACCCAAUGAGGGGGUGGCAAAUGGGUGUUGUGUGGUGAUUUGUCUGAAAACACUCGAGUCCCUGCGGAAUAUGCUCUUUCAGAAGAAUAACUUAAUCACAUGUGGCGGGUCCACGAUGUUUACGAGCUAAGUUAGUCGCUCUGUUGAGAUCAAUUUCUGCAUCACACUGAAGCAAUAAAAUAGCCAAGAAUGAAGCUUUUACUGAAACAAACUGAGUGAGUAAAUAACCUUUUUUUUGCUUUAACUGCACCAUUCUUUUGCGCAACAUUUUAUUCCCUGCCAAAGACUAAAAAAAACACUCACUCAGUAAACUCAUCCCAAGUUUUUUUUGUUUAAAAAGUUUUUUACACGAAAGAUUGAAAAUUCCUCAAAGCAAAAUUUCCCUUCUUUUUGUUAUUUUGCUGAAAAACAAAGAAAAAUCAAAAUGUGGCAAUUUUUGAAAAGUAUUUGAGAAGCUUUUUUGCUUUAAUUAAAAAAAAAAAGAAAUCGUAGAAUUAAUAUUUUUACAGUUAAAAAACAAAGCUUUAUGAUUAAAAAGAAAAGCAUUAACGAACAAUUUGCAGCGAAAGAGAAAAGUUUUCUUUAGCAAUGUGAAGCGUGCCAUAUAGAUGGAAGAAGGCUUUAGGUGGUUGAACUAGUCAAGGAAAAUAUUACUUGUUAAACAAAAAAAAAAUAGAGCAAAGAUUUGUUUUUUCAGCAUUGUUAUUACCUCAAAAUAAUAAUGAAAGAUAGUGGUUUAUGAGCAAUAAGAAUGAAAUAAAGCAUUUCGCACAUUUA